GCCUGACUUCCGGGAGAAGCCGCCUGACUUCCGGGAGAGAGCGCUUGACUUCCGGGAGUGGCUUCAUCGGGCGGUGCGCUGCCGAGCAGGAUGGCCGGGCACAGAUUGGUGUUAGUGUUAGGAGAUCUUCACAUUCCACAUCGAUGCAACAGCCUCCCAGCCAAGUUCAAAAAGCUGCUGGUUCCAGGGAAGAUCCAGCACAUCCUCUGCACAGGAAACCUCUGCACCAAGGACACUUAUGACUACCUCAAGACCCUGGCUGGGGACGUUCACGUUGUCAGAGGGGACUUUGAUGAGAACCUGAAUUAUCCUGAACAGAAAGUUGUAACUGUUGGACAGUUCAAAAUUGGUCUGAUUCACGGCCACCAGGUUAUUCCUUGGGGUGAUAUGGCCAGCCUGGCACUGUUACAGAGGCAGUUCGAUGUGGACAUCCUCAUUUCAGGACAUACACACAAAUUUGAGGCGUUUGAACAUGAAAACAAGUUCUAUAUCAAUCCAGGAUCAGCUACAGGAGCUUAUCAUGCCUUGGAGAACAACAUCAUCCCGUCAUUCGUGCUGAUGGACAUCCAGGCUUCUACAGUAGUUACGUACGUCUAUCAGCUAAUUGGAGAUGAUGUGAAAGUAGAAAGAAUUGAGUACAAAAAAUCUUAGAAGAUAUUUGCUUGUGUGGUAUUUUUACUGUCUCAUUCCAGAACUGCAUGUUACUGCAAUCCUUCCUUACUAGUUUACAGAACUACACUUAAUGUUUAACAGCUUAGCAGUGUAACUUCUUGGUAAUAACUUUAAAACAUUGUUUUCUUCUUUUCUAUGUAUGAAUUGAUUUGUGAAAUAUAUUGAAGUGCUGUUCUUUCACGUUGUCAUAAAUUUCACUUCAUAGAAAAGCAAGCCUUUAUGAACUGUUGAAGAAAAUGCAACAGUUGCACUCGGUUUUGAGAUGUCUGCCAGUACUUUCAUUUGGUAAUGCUUAUCAGAUGUCUCCAGAACAGUGCAUGGAGCUUUCAAAAAGAAGACUGCAAAAGGCUCGAAUAAAAAUAGCAAGGCCCCUGGGAGGCAUGUUUGGUUUGCUUCAGAAUCCAUCUGAGGUUUGGAUUUCUCAUUCAGUAUCAAUGUAGUCCUUUAAGUGGAUGUAUUUUUGAAAAAAAUUGGAAUGAACACAUACCUUGGAGUAGUAAUUUCACUGUAGGAAGCUGAACCUGAGUUGUUUUAUUACUCGGAGCACUGCUGUGCUUUAAUGAAUGACUGUCCCAUUAAAUCUGUGAACAGUGAUGAGCUUUCCUUUAUUUAUGGCUUAUAUUUGAUAUUACAUCUACCACUUGGCUUUGUGUAAAAAGGUUUUAAAUAAUGUAAUUCCAUACAGCACUUGUACUGCUGCUGAAGGCUAAGAAGUUGGUUGUUGAGGAAGGCUGGAGCUUUUGUCUCUCCUGGUCCCACGUACCUGCAGGGAACUGAAUGCAUUUUAACAGCUCUUGCUCCUUAUGACUGCUGAUUUUCCAAUAUAAAUAAAGUUGUCUCUGCACAACAUCUA